ACAGGAUGCUAUCCUCAACCUUUUAUACACUACUGUCGGAGUUUGACUGCUAGAGAGUUGGUUCUACUUUACAGGGUGGACACACGGUUGCAAAGCGGUGAAUCAGACUGGGACGAACAAGCCCAGACUCCCUGAGACAGUUGCAUAAAAGUGUCUGUUCGAAACAUUCUGUAAAACGGAAUUGGGAACAAACGAACGGCGUUGAGCUAGACAACUCAAAAGACAAAGGAACUAAUUGAAUCAUGCAAGCUCUAGGGAAACUGACGUCCGGAGCGAGGAAAGCAUUUGCAAGAAUAUUGCAUCCGCAAGUUGAGAGAGAUGAUACAAAACCAACAGACUCGAUCUCCUUCGAAAUUGUUCUUGAUGUCAAGCUACACCGAGGUCGAAAUCUGAAGAAAACUCUAUCUGAGCAAAGUAAGAGUCUCUUUCUGGACAACAUAAUGGAUCCGCACAUCCGCUUUGAAGUGACCAACCCCAAGGGAACAGCUGACGCUUUCAAAAAGUCCCCGGUUAAAGAGAACGACGAAAACCCCAUUUGGAACCCGGAAUACGAAGCGACGUUUGUUCUUCAGAACCCUCUAGAACGAGGGCAGUUAGUAAUGACUCUGUGGGACUCGAACUACUUGUUUGACAGCCAAAUGUCUAAUCCUGUUUCUUUGGAUCUAAAUGAUUUUAAUAUCGGUGAUGAAUAUCAGCAAAAGACGGUAAAGAUACACGGAAAUGGUGAAAUUGAUAUUUCAUUGCGUUUGCGCAGUGAAAGAGAAUUCGAAGAAAAUGCAAUUGAUUAUCAAGAGCCUACAAUGAUUCAAGGAGCUCUGGACAAGGAGCUCUAUUCUGACCCGGACGUUGUACGUCUAGACGUCAUCAUCCAUUCAGCAAGUGACUUGAAGAGAACACUUUACCGGAAACUGUUAGAAAAAUUGGGACAUAGUAAAACGGAUCCUUAUGUUCAACUCCAUAUUACAAAACCUUGGGAAAAGGCAAAAGAUGCUGCUAAACAGAACACCGCUUACAGGCCGAACACAGACACACCCGAGUGGGAAGAAGAGUUCUCUUUUCUUAUCGACAAGCGAGGAGGAGCAGGCCAGCUGAAGAUGACACUGUGGGAUUCUAAUCUUGUCAUUGAUCAUCAAAUGUCGAGUCCUUUAGUCAUUGAGCUAAAAGACAUCAAGAUGGGAUUGGAGUUUGAAGAAAGAGAAGAUAGUGUUCACGGUGAAGCAAAGUUGAAGUAUUCCUUGCGAAUUAGAAGACCGACCGCUGAUUUGCGAUUUGGCCAAGAGUUACACGAGGAAGAGACCCUGGUUGUGGCCAAGAGAAAGACAAAGGCUAAAGAAGCGAUCAAAUCUUUAUUCUCUGACAUCAAAGUAUCAAAGGUUCCCACUAUCAGCCUAAUUGGUUCCGGUGGCGGAUUUCGAGCGAUGAUCGGCGUGUCUGGUGCUAUAACGGCAUUGAAAGAAGCUGAAUUGUUAGACUGCUGCACCUACAUGUCAACUCUGUCUGGAUCUACUUGGUAUUUGUCAGUGCUGUACGCCCUGGAAAAUGCUAUGAAUAUUUACGAGUGCAACAAAUAUCUGAAAGAGAGAUGCGUAGAAAUGUCAUCUAUCAUACGCCCAUCCACAGUCAAGCAGCAUUUUCAUGAAAUUGAAAGAAAGCAUCGUGAUGGGCUUCACGUGUCGGCAGUCGACGUCUGGGGAUCUCUUCUUGGACAAGUUCUUCAGCCAGAUUUAGAAAAGAAGGAAAGAACUCGACUCUCUGACGCUCAGCGGCAUGUACGCAGCUGUCGGAUGCCGUUCCCUAUAUAUACUGCGGUGAUGGUUCAGCGACACACAGCUGAAGAAGCAUAUGCUGAGUGGGUCGAAUUUACUCCAUUUGAGUAUGGUAUACACAACCUAAAGCUCUUCACUGCUAUCGAAAACAGCGCAAGUGACCGAAGCUACGGCAUAGUGAGCAGACGAUACCAACAAUUCAAUGUUGCAUACAUGCAAGGUCUUUGGGGCAGCGCAUUUGCUGGCCAAGUUCGAACUUGGAUUUCUCAAGCUUUCCAAGAAUCAUCAGGAGUACGAGCAGUCAUUGGCAGAGUAAUCAAGAAAGUUCUGGACUGGACCGGAGUAGACAGCUUGCGUCCAUUGGCAGCCACCGUACCCAACUACAUGAAAGGUAUCCAGACCGUUCCUCAAACUCCACAACGACGUCACCAGUUGCACACAAACGACUUUCUAAACGAUCACUGUGUUUCAUUUGAUAGUUCACAAACUGAUGGCAGUCUAGCCGAGCAAGCAAAACUUGUGGACGACCACACUAUAGACCACAGAGCUGGACGUGUUGACGAAAGCGAAGGAGCCGCCGAAAAAUCAUCCCGACGCAAUAUUGUGCAUGAAGACUAUCUGACUAUGGUGGAUGCCGGUUUGGAUUUCAAUUUGCCAUUCCCACCUCUUCUUCGACCCGAACGUCACACAGACAUCUUCCUUGCUUUUGAUUAUUCGUGGUAUGGCUCAGUCAAAGAAAACCCACUAAAGACCGUGUUGAAAGCAAUGGAAUGGGCAAAAUAUAAUGGCUACAACUUUCCAGAAAUUCGUGAGGAUAUGUUUGAUCCCGACGACCCAAAGAAGUAUUACGUCUUCGAGAAUCGUGACGAUCCCGGUUGUCCUAUAGUCAUCCUCUUCUGUCUUUGCAACUCUGAGGGACAAGUGGAUCCUUACUCUUCGGUUUACAACACGUUUCAUUUCGACUACAAAGGAGAGGAUUUCGAUCGACUUCACGAGUUGUGCCAUGACAACACGAUGCUUGCCGUCGAUGUUAUCAAGGGCGCCAUUCGCAAAAAGAUGGAAGUAUAAAAUUGCGAACAGCAUUUACUGAUAAACAUAAACGACUGCUUUUUGCAUGUUGCAUUUUGCAAAUUCGUGUGACGUUUACCUUUUUUUUCUGAUCUUUGCCAUUGCUGAUUCUUCAUUUUGCCAGACCUUUUUCAGUUUGGUUGCAUGCUUGCGUAAGUUGUUAUAGUGAAGUGUACGCGGCAAUUAAGUCUAUAUAGUGGACACUAAAUGGGUUGCUUUAGUCGCUGGUUUACAGGUAUACAUAGACACGGGCAUGCAGACGUUCUCGACGU